GUUGUAUUUAUAGAGUGUUCAAGAUUAAAAGUUUUUAUUAAAAAUUGCAUUUGAAUGAAGAUGAAUGAAUUACAGAUGAAUGAAGAAGAGCCAAAAAACUUACUGAGUCAUAAAACCAAUUGUUACCCUGACUCUGAAGAAAUUAGCAGAUUUCCAAGGUUACUAUAUCGGAUUCAUGAAAAACCUCCUUUUUAUCUGUCAAUAAUGCUUGGAUUUCAGCAUUACUUAACAAUGUUUGGAUCAACCAUGGGGAUGCCAUUAAUUCUAGCACCAAUUGUUUGUUUUGAUAAUGAACCUGUUGUGAUUGUAAGUGUGAUGAGCACAACAUUUUUUUGCUCUGGCAUUGUAACGUUGCUACAAACUUCUAUCGGCUGCAGGCUACCAAUAGUUCAGGGCGGUACUUAUACAUUUGUUGCUUCCAUAAUGGCAAUAAUGGCGUCUAAAGGUGAUUGCCCUUCCAAAAUGAAUGCUAACUUCAAUAUGACAUCCAACAUGACAAAUACAGAUCCUGAAUGGAAACUUCGUAUGCGUGAGGUUCAAGGGGCUAUAAUUGUUGCUUCAUUUCUUCAAAUAUUUAUCGGACUCAGUGGGAUAAUUGGUUAUGUUUUAAAAUAUAUUGGUCCUUUAACGAUUGCUCCUACUAUAUGCUUAGUGGCACUUCCUUUGUAUUCAACUGCAGGAUAUUAUGCAGGAUCACAAUGGUUUGUUGCAAUGUUGACAAUGUUUUGUAUUAUACUCUUUUCGCAAGUUCUUAAGAAAUAUAGUCUACCAUUGUGUAAAACUAGAAUACACAUAUUUGAAUUGUUUCCGGUAUUAUUUGCAAUGAUUGUUGGCUGGAUUCUUUCUUAUAUUUUAACUGCAACUGGUUUAUUGAAAAAAGACUCGCCUGCCAGAACAGAUUACCGCAGUAAUGUUUUCGCUCAUACUGAAUGGUUUCGUGUUCCAUAUCCUGGCCAAUGGGGUGCACCAUCAAUAUCUGCUGCAGCAGUGUUUGGUAUGCUUUCAGGUGUUUUGGCCUCUAUGGUUGAAUCUAUUGGAGACUAUUAUGCAUGUGCUCGUAUGUCAGAUGCCCCUCCUCCACCAAAUCAUGCAAUUAAUAGGGGUUUGCUUGUAGAAGGUAUAGGGUGUGUGAUUACUGGCAUUUGGGGAACUGGAAACGGUACAACAUCUUAUAGUGAAAAUAUUGGUGCAAUUGGAAUAACAAGAGUAGCUAGUGUUACUGUUAUACAAUGUGGUGCAGUUAUUAUGAUUUUAUUAUCUGUUAUUGGAAAGUUUGGAGCUAUUUUUGCUUCUAUUCCACACCCAGUGAUAGGUGGUAUGUUUAUCAUCAUGUUUGGAAUGGUGUUUGCAUUUGGAAUCUCUUCAUUGCAGUUUGUUGAUUUAAAUUCAAUGAGAAAUUUGUGUGUACUUGGGUGUUCAUUUUAUUUUGGAAUGGCGUUACCAUCAUGGGUUAAAGUUCAUGGGCAUUCAAUUAACAUUGGUGUGGAGUGGUUAAAUCAAGUAAUUCGCGUUUUGUUGAUGACCAAUAUGGCUGUAGGAGGACUAACUGGUUUCGUUUUAGAUAACUUGCUACCAGGAACUUCUCAAGAAAGAGGUAUCAUUAAAUGGCAAAAUAAUUUAAUGCCAGAUGGCCAUCCAGUAACUAUUUCAUCUAUUCAUGUUUAUGACCCUCCAUUUUUAACAAUGAAGUUUAUGACAUCAAAGGUAUGUAAAUAUAUUCCAUUUCUACCUUAUUAUGGUGACCAAAAUCUGUUGGAGCAAGAUGAAGGAUUAUGAUUGGUUUAGAAUUUUAGUUUAUAAAAUUUUUUGUCAAAUUUUUUUACCCUUUUAAAU